CACCUCGUCCUCGACGACCACGGCCAACUCUACUACACUCCCUCCCUCAAACCUCACCACUCAUCCACACCCGAAACAAUGUCCUGGCCCGUGACCGCUACCCCUCACAUCCGUGAGCGCCAGAUCUACCUCCAGAGCCGUGCCGGCAAGGAGCUCGUCUACCUCCGCAAGCCCCGCUCGAGGGUCUACUUCGCUGCCUACCUCGGCCUCCUCGGCGUCUCGGUUGGCGGCUCCGUUUUCCAGCUCAUCCAGUACGCCCGCGUCAACGGCUUCCGGCGCCAGUCGCUCGCCGUGGCCGCAGCGCGCAGGUUCACGCUGUACAACGUCGAUACGGCACCGACCUCGGCACCCCCGCACAGCCCAGACCGCGUGCACUUCCGCCGGCCAUUCACGGGCGCGACGGCGCUCCCGCCGAUCUCGGACGCGCCGUCCCCGGGCACAUUCACGCCCCUCGGCACGCCGCACGCGCGCCGCGCGCCUCCUCCGCCUGUCCGACGGCGCUCGUCGGGUGCCCUGCCCCGGUACAAGUGGCUCUCGGGGGGUAAGAAUACUGGCGACGAGCCGGGCGUGGAUGUCGUCGACUACUCGUCCAACCCCGAGGCCGAGGACACCAACGUCCGCGUCGACUUUCCCGGCACGCGCCUCGCCUCAUGGCUGGACAGCAGUGCCGGCCAGCGACCCGCAGUGGACGGCAAGCCGGUCGGCGUGCGAUGGAUCCACGUCUCGGGGCAGAACUGGGAGGUGAUGAAGACCCUUGCAUUGAAGUUUCAGCUGCACCCCCUCGCGGUGGAGGACGCGCUCCGGUCCUACCGCUCCCCGCGGUCCAAGAUCGACUUCUACAAGCACCACCUGUACCUCCAAAUCCUCGUGCACCACAUCCACCGGCCCGACCUCGAGACGCUAGCCAAGGCGACCCAAGGGGCCGAGGACGGCGAGCGCGUGACCCCGCCCGCAGGCGCGCUCGAAGAGGCAGGGCACGCGCCCAACGGGGCGUCCUGGUGGCCGUGGCAGCGCAGCGGGCAGAUCCGCCUCCCAGAGGGCGUGGAGAACGUGUUUGAGCCUAGCUUUCCCGAGCCGCUCAGCCUGUACAAGAAGAACGGCAUCGAGCUCCCGUCGCGCCGCGACUUUAUCGACCCGCUCUCCGCGUCCUAUAUGAUCCCUGUGCGCAAAGGCAUCAUCAGCGUGUUCAUGAUGCAUGACGGCACGCUCAUCUCGCUCUCCGCGUACGAGAUCCACGAGGCGCUGGAACCCAUCUAUGAGCGGUUAGAGGACGAGCACUCUAUCCUCCGCCGGUCAGGCGACGCGAGCAUGCUCGCGCAUGCCAUAUUGGAUAUAACCGUCGACCUCGCCAUAGAGAUCAUGCAGACGUUCGAGGUCAAGAUACUCAAGACGGAGGCAGGCGUGCUCGUACACGCAGAACUCGAGCUCGUCCGCAGGUUACACAUCAUCCAGGCGCAGCUGAGCCGGUUCAGACGGCAGCUCACGUCGCUCCUGCACGUAUGCUACGUGAUCCGCGACCAAGACGCAGAGCGCACAGCGGCCGCAGGCGCGUUCACGUUGCCCCGCGGCGCGCAGGCGUGCCGUACCCGCCUCGACGGGCCCCCUCCGAGCCGGCACCACCCCCCGUCGCCGGGCCACUCGCCCGUGCCGAGCGUGCACUCGCCGCUCGUGCCCCAGAUCAGCCUGGAAGCGGCCGUUGUCGCGGCUGCCGCGGAUGACAAGGAGGAGAAGGCGACGGGGUACUUCUCGCCCAUGGCCCGCAUGUACAUGAACGACGUGAUCGACCAUCUCGAGAUGGUCGUGUCCUCUGCCGACCAGUUUGUGGCGACGUGCGACCACUUGACAGACUAUGUUUUCAACGUCCUCUCGUUCAACACCAACAACUCGAUGGAGCGGCUGAGCAUCGUCACUGUCGUGUUCCUGCCCUUGACAUUCAUCGCAUCUUACUUUGGCAUGAACUUUAUCGACUUUGAAGCCCUCAACAACAAUGUCAACUACUUUUGGAAGGUUGCCGGGCCUUGCACCGUCCUCUUCUUUAUUGUCUUCUCCUACUCGUACAUUGUCACUGGCGCCCAGACGCUCCAUCGCCGCGUAGACAGGUGGAAGCGCGAAAAGGCAGCCACACAUGCUGCCGAAGAAGCCAAGAAACACCUCGAGGGAGAGGCCUGAGCGUCGUCAUAGCUGCUGAUGUGUACAUCGUCUACGGGCCGAAGCAUGCAUGGUGUGGCGCAAACCCACGGGGAUGGGCGCGAAUGGAACAGGCUAUCGCUAUGUGAAAAUAUGAAGAGAGCAAGACGGUUGGUGCCAAUGGAGGGGAUGAGAUGGACGUGGUCGUGACGCCAAGACAUGCAUGCACGAGCGGCAAAGGGAGUUGAGGGUGAUGAAAUGUGAAGUUUGCGGAGUGCGAUUGGCAAGAUUUCAAUGGCAGAGAGACGUGGCGUUGAAGACAGUGUAUUAACGACCCCUGGUGGUUGUUACCCAGGUGGACAUGGAUUGGGAGACUGGUGCAAUGUGUAUACGACGAGGUGGUGCUGGUGGUGGUUGGUUAUGCGCGCAGAUUUUGUGUGUUGGUGAUGGUGCUUUGGCAUUGUGGUUUUGUUGUUUUUUCUUGUAGUGUAAAAGACCCAAAAGAUAUGCGCUGCGACAUGGUUUACGACGCGUUUGGAGCGUUGGCGCCCCAUGCACUGGCCGCACCGUUCAAAGACGGCAAGCCGUGGGGAGGCAUUCCAAAGGCCUCAAACGCGCCAUAGGUGCCGCCAGAGGCGCCACCACCACUCGAGGACGAGACCCAGCCCAGCGAGGCCGGCGUCCGGAUCGGAGACGAGACGGGCGAGAAGCCACUCUGCGAGGCGGAUGACGGUGCAAACGAGUUGAAGGCCGCGGCAGCUGCUUCUUGCUGGUUACUGCCGGGAAUGUUGGCCGGUGGCGAGCCGCUUCCAGUGCCAGCUGGACGCUCACCACCAUAGUACCGUUGAGAACGAGGCGAGCUGUUGGGGAGCGGUGCAUUGAAAGGCUGGGCUGUUGGGGACAAUGACGACCCUUCACUGGGUCGGCGGGGGUCUGCACCAGGCGUAGUCGCCGUGCUGCUCGACGAGCCGAUGGGGACAGGCGGGGAGGGGCCGAGGAAGCCACCACCUGGCGCGCCGGGAGCCAUCUGGUUGCCAGAGGGACCAGACGACAUGCCAGCGAGGGCGACGGUGUGGGCGAUGCCACCGAACAUGGAUGUGCUGACGCCUUGCUGGUGGGAGUUUCCGCGCUGGCCGAGCGAGUUCUUCGAGUAGGACAAGCGGAUACCGCCCUUGACGAGGCCGUUGAGCGUGUUACCGUAGAGCUCACGCAUCGCCUGGGUGGCAAAAGGAAUGUCCUCAAACUCGACAAAGCACAUUGGGCCAUUGAUCUUUUGGCGGAACGACAUGCGCUUGAAGCCAGGGCGGCGGUGGAACAAGGCCCGGAGGCUCUCCUCGAGGAAGUUGGGAGGGUGAGUGGGAGGCGAAAUAGCGGGGAGGUUGCCAAUGUACAGUGUGUUGAUCGGGGGGUUCUGGUCGGCAGGGUUCAUGUUGGUACCGAUACCCAGACUCCGGGGGUCAACCCCGUCCUGAGGGCCUGAACCACCAAAGCUGCCAAUGGCAGGCGGGUACUGGCUGUAGCCGGCUCCGCUGCCUCCGCUGUUGAAGCCGAUAGCACCGUGCUGAAGACCUGCCGAGUUGGGUGGCGCGAUGCCGGCGCCGACGGGCAAAGGCCCACCAGGACCUCCAGCAGAACGAGGACCGCCAGGUGCACCAGGGUAGUCAAGAGUCAUGCCACCGAGUCCAACAGAGCCGACGGACCAGCCUUCGAGCUCGUCAGCCUCUUCAGCAAGUGCCAGCAGGGCUUUGCUGUCAGUAGGGCGGGCGUUCGGCGACUUGACCGAGAGGGGUGGCGAACCAGAGGUGGUGGACUGAGCGGAUGGCGCACGUUGUGACUGGGCAAGCUUGUCCACCUUGGCGUCAGAUCCAGCCUGGGCAGGUGCUGGCCAUGCGUCCCAGGCCUCCUUGGCGGAUUGAGCAGCACCGGUGUUGAGGCCGACAACGGGAGCACCGAUAGGGCCAGCGGCGUUUGGCUGGCCGAUUCCGGGUGCUCCACCGAUCGCUUGUUGAGCCUGCGCCUGUUGGUUCACCAGCUGAGACAGACGACCAGAACGGAGAAGGAUACCAACAAGGUCGUCUCCUCCCACGCCACGCUUGGUGUGCAAGUUCUUCUUCGCCAUUUCAGCCUUGAGGGUGGCCCCGGUGAGGGUGUCGAUGCGACGUCCCUGCAGGUGAUCGCGGGCCGCCAACGCAUCGGCACGGGUCUUGAAGCGCGCAAAGCCAAUGGUUUGGCGACGCGGUGGUACCGAUGGGGGAAUGUUUGCGGCACCGAGAGUAGCUCCAGAUGGAGCAGAGGGCGUUAAUGACAUGGCGGCCGAGGGCGUGUUGGAGGCCGACGACGACUGGGUGCCAAAGUUCAUGCCAACAAACGACUCGUCGAGGGGCUGGUCUGGGUGUUCAGAGCCCAAGAGUCCCGCAGGGACACCACCCUGGUUGGCUGCCAAGUGCUGGAGCUCGGCAAGUAAAGCGGCAGCGGCAGCUGGCUCCCUCCUUGCUGAGCCAGAGGGGAACUUCAGCGUCGCGGCCUCGAAACCAGGCGCAAAGGUGAAGACGUUUUGAAAUUCGCGCUCGCUCAUGUCGUCAGGGAAACCAACAACGAAAAUGGUGCUGAUAACCUCCUCAUCUUCACGCUCACGACCCUCCUCCUCACGGUGUCGCUCUCUGCGACGGUCGCGGGGCUCGCCGGGUUGAGAGCCCGUGCGACGUGUUGGGUCCCCGUUAGCGCUGCCCAGGGGAGCAACACCUGGCGUGGACGUCAUGGAUUGACGAGAUCCUGGGCCGUACGCCUCGAGGGGGUUUGGAGGAAGCUGGUGAGUGAGGUGGCCGUUGGGACCUCCUCGCCCAUAGCCACCUUGUGGGUGGGCAUAGCCGGGUCCCGGACCAGGAGGGCCAGGGCGCCAUCCAGGUGCCCAGACGGAGCCCGCCUGCCCAGAUAGCGAUAGCGAGUGGAUCGGGUCCGGCGCCAUGGCGUGCUGUGCUGGUGGCACGUAGGGAGGAGCAUGAGGCGGAGGAGACGCGGUGACCUGGGGGAGAAACGCGACAUUGUGGAAUCCAGACACGUUUGAGCCAGCUGGAGGAGUCUGCUGCGCCUCGUCCGAGAAGGCAUCAAACGACGUCUCGCGAGAGGGCGCACCGUCGCCAGGUGCACCCACAGAUUGGCUGGCCAAGGACGGUGGCGAGGUGCUAGACGCCGACGACGUGUGGAGGGCAGCUAUUGACGAAAAGGAUUGAGGCUUGUGCUGCUGCCCCGACGAGCCCGAGGACGGUGUCGGAGAUGGGAGAGAAGACGGUGGGGUGGUCAUUAUGAUAGUAGUGUUGUUGUGAUGAGGGUUGUGUGUUUACGAGGUGGAUUGUGCCGCCGGAAAGCGGACUGUGGAUGUGGUAGAGUUUAGCAGGCGAUGGAUGCGCCGGUGGAUGGUCUGAUUUACAAGGACAGGCGUAGGUUGUCCUGAUGAUGGUGGUGCCAACGUCGUCGACAAGACGCUCGACGACGGUGGUUGAAUCCUUCCUCUGCUUCUACUCUUGCCCCUCCCGCGCACGGUCGCGACGGUCGUGUACCAGUGACUGUGCGGAUUGCUCACGACGCGACCUCGUCCAGCGUGUAAAUCGGUGAAGCGGGAUCGCGACUUUGACUUGAAAGGGAGGGUGGAUGGAAGGACGAGCGCGUUGGGUGGAUGUUGUUGUGGAUGUGGAUGUGUGACGAGGGAAGGGUGGGUAAGUGGGGGUUGUGAGGAUGGGCCGCGAUGAUGUCCGUGUGCGUGCCGUGCGUCGUGGCGAUAAGCGAGCCGUGGGCGAGGGCGUUGGACAGGGCGAGGCUGGGCGGGCGCGAGCGAGCGAGCAAGAGCAAGAGCAAGAGAGUGAGAUGGAUGAUUGCAGCAAGCGAUAGCGGCGCGCGCGCGAUUGUGGUGGGUUGGGAGUUGGUGUGAUGGCCGAAUGGGAUGGUCGUUUGUUGGUAGAGUGGGCAAAAGGUGUGGGUGUGAAUGCGUGAUCGAAAACAAUAAACGGUGAAAGGAGGGGGGUGGUAUAGUGAGAGGGGUGAGAGAAGGGGAGGAAGGCGAGAGUGGGG